AUGCAGCAGGCAGCCGCCCCCAACGCGGCCACCGCGAAGUUCCAGCUCGCGCUCCCCUCCCUCCUCGCCCCCAUCUCCCCUCAUCUCGCAGCCUUGCACGCAACACGUGUCCGCCUCCUCUACCCCGCGGACUCCUCUCUCGCCGACACACACUGCGCACGCUGCGGCGCGCCCUUUCUUGCGACCGGCGGGCACACCAGGUCCAUCCGUAAAAAGAGCAGGAAAUCAAAAGAUGGAGUCGCAGCGACCAUACGCAUAAUCCGCAGGUCGUGCGGUGCCUGCAAACACGACGACGAUGUCGUGCUGAACGCCGGCACGGCGAGCGCACCCGCCUUUCCGAGCAUCCGCGAGCGCGCCAGGCGCAAAUCAUCUACCGCGCCUCGUGUUUCCACUGCUGCGACGCCUGCUGUGUCUGUGGCUGCCCAGCAGCAACACGCCCUGGUAUCUCAGCAGCGCGCAUCCCGGUCCUUGCCAUCCUCCGCCACCCCGGGCUCAUCUCGCUCGAGCAGCAUCGCACCGACUCCCUCUCGGUUGGCCCCUACACCCGCAUCUUCGUCUUCGAGUCCGGGCAAAACGUCUGGAAGUUUUGCUAAGACUCCAGAAUCUCAGGCUCCUGCACAGGCCAAGGCGCGCCCGAAGCAAAAGACUGGUCUGCAGACCCUCCUCGCACGGAAUCGCGAGAAGCAGAAGCAGGAGGACAAGAAGCGCGACCGCCAGGGCCUAUCCGCCUUCCUGCAGGGCCUAUGAUCGCCCUACGCCGUCCCAUCUCAAGUGCCAGUGCCUCAGGCCCAGCCGCCGGUCCUCCGAUGCCCUUUGCGCCCAUCUCCAUGUUCACGCCCGCCUGCGCACGCGACCCUGAACUACUCGGUGGUGGUCGCUUCGCCGCGCGUCCACGGAGUACCAGCAACAGUCAUCUGCAGAAGUGCCGCCACACACGAAAUCGCGCGGAGAACUCGCCGCUAGACAGAUGGUUUCCCGGUGGCCACCUCCAAGCAGGCAAUCCAUCGUACGCUCCCACCACUUGGCGUCCGGCGCAUCUCCUCGAGAGCUGUCGAAGGCCGCAGCCCAUUCAACGGGGUCAUGUGCGCUCAUAUCCCUGCACCGCCCCACUCGUGGUCGUAGCGUGCCGUGUACUUACUGUUCAUACUGCUGUGAUACGGUGUUCGAUAGCAUGAUGCAUCUGUGUUGUCGCGCACGUUGCGGCAAUCCAACCCG